AUGGCCUUUCGACUUAUUUUUGAACGUCGGUUGGCGCCACUCUCGAACAGUUGUAGGCGUUGCUGCCGCACGAUGUUUUCUGGUCCCACGCCGCGAAUUACUUCUGUGACGCGUAGUGGACUGAGAGGAUAUGUAUUGUGGCAAUCUCCACCUCAUGGGAGUUGCAUCUGCCCUGCGCUUUCCUCUUCUAGAGCUUUUAUUCACUCGCCAGAAAGGACAACUAUGGCUUCUUCGGAGGAAUUGCUUGAGAGCCUUCAACGGAUUGUUGGCUUAGAUGAGAAGAACUCCAAGGACCUGUCUACAAAACCAGAACGCGUGCAAGACCUCCUUGGCUUCUUUGCGAAUCAAAACAUGACACCAGAGUCCCCUCGCGAGCAAAAAGUGAUGCUUUUUAACUUGUGGGCCAAGGUUAAGCUUCCCAGGCACCGCGAUCUUCUUGCAGACUACGUGAAGAGGAAAAAGCUGGAUUCAACCCAAAAGGUGGAUGCCGCCAUACGCUUUGUGGAUGCCAUGAAGGAAGAUGCUCUCUUUGAUGCUGCAAAAUUUGAAAAGGAAUGUGGCGUGGACGUGGUUGUCUCGAAAGAUGAUACAUUGCGGCUCGUAAAGACGGCAUUGGCAGAGGAAGACCUCAAGGCAUUGAAAACGUCAUGGGUGAAAAACCCGAACAUGCUGCUUGGCAAGAUGAAGCGGGUACCGGGUUUGCAAUGGGCAGACUUUGCUCUGGUGAAGGCCAUCCUUGAGGAGUUGGUACCGCCCAUGAUUAAGGAUGUUGUCAUUGAUGAGGCUGAACCCAAGACAGAGGAGAAGACCACCUCUCCACCUCGCACGAAAGGCGCUGAAGUGGCAGCGACGCAAAAGUGCCCACGCAACGCGGAUUGGAAAUGUGUUGUGGAUCUGCAUUCACUCCAUCGCAUCGGUGAUUUAUCUUCUAUGCAGGAAGGUACCAAGGUGCGUGUUGUGGGAUGGGCACACCGAGUUCGUCAUCAAUCGCGUCUUUCAUUUGUGGUACUGCGUGAUGGAUCUGGGUACAUUCAAGCCGUAUUCAAUGGUGAAACAGAACCCUUUCACCGCGAAACGUCUUUGGCAAUUCGCGGUACACUGAAGUACGAACCCAAGGCUGCUACUGAAUUGCAGCCACCAUACGAGCUUCAUGUGGAUGAAUACGCCAUUAUUGGUAACUCGGAUGGCAGUAUUGAGAACGCUAUUACCCCUGAAAGCUCCCCUGAUAAAUUGUUGGAUGAUCGUCAUUUGGUGCUUCGUGGAACCUAUGGCUCAACAACCAUUAAAGUUCGUCACGAAUUAAUUCGAGCUUUUCGUGAAUACUGUUGGUCCGUAAAUAUGUUUGAAGUAACACCACCAACUCUUGUACAGGCUGAGUGUGAAGGGGGAUCUACGCUUUUUGAUGUCAUUUACUACGGAACGACGGCUCACCUUACACAGUCUUCCCAGUUAUACCUUGAGACAUGCACUUCUUCAGUGGGAGAUGUGUACUGUAUUCUUCCCAGUUAUCGAGCUGAGAAAUCCAAGACGAGGCGUCACUUGAGUGAAUACACACAUUUGGAGGUUGAGUACAGUAUCUGCGACUUUGAGCUUUUCCUCUCAAAACUGGAAGAUCUUAUUGUGGGAGCAUUCAACCGAACAAUUGAGCGGGCGGGAGAUUUGAUCGCCUUUAUGAAUCCGGAACAGUUGGUGGAUCCAAAGGCAAACCCAUUUGAUCCCAACAACUGGAAGUUUGCACCCAAGAAGCCGUUUAGGCGUCUCAAGUAUGCUGACGCCAUUAAAUUAUGCAAUGAUAACGGCAUUUUGAACCCAGAGACAAAUGCACCAUUCCAAUUUGGUGACGACAUCACGGAUCAGCCGGAGCGGGCCAUGGUGGCGAUAUUGGGGGAGAUGGUGUUCAUGACACAUUUUCCUGCGGUAAUGAAGUCUUUCUACAUGGCCCGAGACCCAGAGGAUCCGACACUUACAGAGUCCGUGGACGUUUUGGCUCCUGGUAUUGGGGAAAUUGUCGGCGGCUCUAUGCGUAUGUGGGAUCAUGAAGAACUGAUAGAGGCGUACAGGCGUAAGGACCUUGACCCAAGUGUGUAUUAUUGGUACACGGAGCAGCGCAAGUAUGGCUCCACCCCACAUGGAGGCUUUGGUUUGGGAAUGGAGCGCUUCUUGGUGUGGCUGCUGAACUUGGACUCGGUCAGGGAGGCAUGUCUUUUCCCGCGUUACAUGGGAAGAUGCAAGCCGUAG